AUGCCGCUUUUCCACGCGUUUCGGCCACAUUUUAUGGCCAAAUACAAGGUCCUCUUCGUGUUGGCCGCUCUUGGAAUUUGCUCGUUGAUCUAUUUGGGACAACAGGACGGAGUUGAUCCCCGAUAUCAGGCCUUGUUCAAGAGGGUCGGCAAUAAUGUGAGUCAUGGGAAAAUAAGCAAGAAACUGCUGCUCCUUCUUAUCGGAGAGGGAAGUAUUUCAAAAACGAUUCUCUUUAUCGCCAAAAUUUGUUUUCUUUCCAAAAAUUGAUCAUCUUCACACAUUUCCACACAACACACAUGUAUCUUGUAUUAUUCAUCAUCAUUUCUAGGAAGCCGGCUGCCGAUUGCCCAACCCUGAUCCCUGGGAUGAAACCAUCCUCCAUUACAUCGAAUAUCCCGGUCCUUUAGACUGCAAACAAGUCCAACUUCCUCUAACGUACCUCGACUCCAGAAUCCUCAAAUUAAAUAACUCCGCUCUCAAGGAAGCCGGCUAUUCCCGGGACUCUAUCAAGUGCCAAUUUAGAUGUUUCCAGUGGAAAUCCGACGAUGAAAACCAGUAUUUAGAAUGGAAUGAUCUCAAUGUAAGCAUAGUUUUUGAAGGAAAUCGUCGUCUUUUUGUGGAUUACACCCAAUCUUUGAUGAUUUCAGAGCGAACCCAUAGAUUGUGAAUUCAUAGAAGUGUCAUGUAGCCGGAAAAUGUUGCCAAUCUCCAUCUAUUCUCAACUCCACGCUCAAGCCAUACCCAAGUUCGAGUCUUCGGAUGAUAAACAGUACUCAGUCACCAUGUUUGUAAUCGACUCCAUCUCACAAUCUCACUUGAAACGGGGACUCAAUCAAACCCUCUCGGUGUUAACCUCAAAAUACGGUUCUAGAAUUAUGAAUGGGUUCACGAAAGUGGCCGAUAACUCGUUUCCAAACGCCGUCGCUUUUCUUACAGGUAACUUAGAUUACAAGUCAUGUAAUUACCAUACAUUUUUAGGUAAAGAUAUUCGAAUUGAUGAACUGCCCGGUCCCCAAUCUGGCGGACAUUUUGAUGAUUGGAAUUUCAUCUGGAAAGACUUCAAGAAAUCGGUAAGGUUACUGUAGUAUACUGUAAUCUCAUAUUCUAGAGCCAUGUUACAUAUUAUGCAGAGGAUUAUCCGGACUAUAACUUGUUCAACUACUUGAGUAAGGGCUUUACAACCCCGCCUGUUGAUCAUUAUUUCCGCCCUUUUUGGAGACAAGUCUAUGAUUCCAUGGUCUACAGAAGAAGCACGUAUCUUUGUUACAACACAGAACCUAUGCACAGGGUUCAAUUGAGAUAUUUAAAAGAGUUUUUGCAAGGAUACAGUGGAAAGAAGCCUACGUUUGCCUUGAAUUGGCUUACUGAAUUGGCUCAUGACCGGCUAAGUCAGGUAUAGUACAAAUAAUCACCACUUUUUUGGUCCUUCAGAAUGCUGUAAUGAAUUUGUUCUAUAGGUAUCAAGUGCUGACCCUGAUCUUGCCGCGUUCUUUGACUCAACAGUAGACCAACAAAAGGAUUCUUUCCUCUUCGUUUUCUCCGAUCAUGGUCAUCGCUUUGAUCCCAUCAGGCAGACAAUGAUUGGCAGAUUGGAGGAAAGAAUGCCCUUCUUCACCGUUCAUAUUCCCGAAUCCUUGAAAAAGAAAGUCCCAGGCCUUCAACGGAUCAUUGACUGGAACUCCAAACAACUCACGUCUUUCUACGAUCUCUAUGUGACUCUACAGGACAUCAACUAUUUAAAUCAACAUAAUUCUUGGGACGAAUUGGCCCAUCAAAAGCCGGGCUUCACUCUUCAGCCAAUCCACAGAUUCAGAAGGUUUUCAAAAAGGGGCCUCUCGUUGCUAAGGCCGAUUCCAGCUGAUCGAAAUUGUGAUCAAGCCGGAAUCCCGGAAGAAUACUGCAUCUGCCAAAGAGAAAAACAAAUCUCAAAAGAAGAUCCGGUAGUCAAAAGAGCGGCCGAGGAACUGAUCUCCGAGAUCAACAAGAUCCUGAAGCCUCACGGAGAGUGCGCCCAGCUUUCCUUGACAGAGAUCCGAGGAGCUUCGUCCAGUCUUCCGAAUGCUGACAUUCUCCAGAAACCCGGGACUUUUUUCCAUUCUACCUCACUCUCUUUGGGUGCCUAUAUCAACUACCUGGUGAUGGUAUCCGCAGCCCCGAGUAAUGCCAUCUUUGAAGGCGUCGUUCGUCAUGACAUAUCAACGGACAAACUGAACGUGGUCGGCGAGAUCAACCGCAUCAACAGGUACGGGAAUCAGUCGGUCUGCGUCCAUGAACAGUUGUUGCGAAAGUUUUGUUAUUGUAUAUAA